GCGGAUGAUUUGAACAAGAAGGUGCGUAUCCUUUGCUGGGUGAUGACAACACCUGCUAACCUGGGAAUAAAAGCGAAGCAUGUCAAAGCCACCUGGGGCAAGCGCUGUAACAUUUUGCUGUUCAUGAGCUCAGAAAGCAACCCGGAUUUCCCUGCAAUCGGACUGGAAACCAAAGAGGGCAGAAAUCAGCUGUACUGGAAAACCAUUAAAGCCUUCCAUUAUGUGCACCAACACCACGUCAACGAGGCCGAUUGGUUUCUGAAGGCUGAUGAUGACACCUACGUCAUCAUCGAAAAUCUCAGAUUCCUGCUUUCAAAGUACAACCCCGAUGAGCCCGUGUACAUGGGCAGGCAUUUUAAGAUGUAUAACAAACAGGGCUACAUGAGUGGAGGAUCUGGUUACGUUUUGAGCAAGGAAGCAUUGAAAAGAUAUGUGGCAGCCUUCAAAGAUAACACCUGUCGUCAUACUUCCUCUGUUGAGGAUGUGGCACUGGGAAAAUGUAUGGAAAUACUCGGAACUGCACCUGGAGACUCCAGAGAUAACCACUUAAGAGAGACAUUUUUGCCUGUUUCACUGAGGAAUCUUUUGGUAAAAGGUCGUUAUGGCAAAGACUUCUGGCUCUGGAAGUUCACCAAUUACACAGCUAAAGACGGACCUGAGUGCUGCUCUGACUUGGCAAUUUCCUUUCACUACAUAAAUCCCGAGUUCAUGCACAUUCUGGAGUUUUAUAUUUACCAUCUGCGUGCUGUGGGUUACAAAUACAGAAAAAUUACUUAUUUCCCAGACCCACCCAAAGCAUUAGAACUGCCCAAGGAAGGGAAGAGCAAGUGGGGAAGAUAA